UAUUCACAGUGUUUUAGAAAAUCUCAUAUUUGAUUUUUUAGCCUACGCUUAGAAAUAGAACUAAAAUCCAAGAGGAGCUAGCAUGGUGUUGCCCUUGGUUUGGCAAAACAAAGGGUACAUGUGUUUUUUCAUUGUGUAGGAGAGAGAUAGACACAUGCAUGGGAGCAUUGGUGUUGGCCACACUCGAUCCUAAACAGAGUUCUUUCCCCUUUAUUGAAAAACUCAUAUAACCUCUUAACAGCCCUUCGAAAUUAAUCCACUUAUGCAAAUGACAGAAUACACAAGACAUCGUACCCCCAACAGUUUGUAUAGUUCUAUUGAAGUAAGGGUUAUUUCUAGCUAUCAUUCUAUCCAAGUAUAAUAUAUAUAUAUAUAUAUAUAUUUUAAUAUGUAAUUGAAUGAUAUAUUAGAGGAAUGAAACAAGAAGGCAACCCCUAAAAACCCUCUCCAAACAUACCAAGAGAGGGAAAAGAGUCCCUACUCCAUAAUAAAUACCAUGAGACAGUUGUUAACUACUUGAAACGUUAAAACCACCCAAACUAUUUUGAAGUCUUUUGAACACAAAGGGUCCACUGCAAUGUGCAUCACGUUCAUCUUUAUGAUGUCUUAACAUUCAAAUUUCCAUCUAAAGGAAAAAAUAGACAGAACAGACCCUAUUCUUUGGAAAUUCUUAUGCAGCACCUAGCUUGGAAGGUAAAUAAAGUGUGAUGUUCCCUACCACCUUCUGUGUAUAAAUAGAGUUGUGGAUGCAAGACACAGCAAUGCAAAUAAAACAAUAACAACACACUACGUCCUUUGUGUUUAUCUAAUGGCCUCAUCCAAGAAUGCACCACUCAAGACUAGCGAGGUUACAAUAGAAAUGCCAAUGGGUCAAGAAGGUUAUAUGCUAGACCCAUGCAAGGAGUUGAUGAAUAUCUUCGGGUACAAGGCUCAAGCAGGAGCAAGUAGCUCAUCUGCAGAAGCGAAAACAAGACCUAAGAUACAGGAGGUUCCGCAAAUUAUGAGGGAGAAUGAAAAGAACAAGAUUAAUUAUUUUCCAAAACUAGUAUCCAUUGGCCCAUACCACUAUGGCAACCGAAAGCUCGAGGAGGGGCAGGCCCUCAAGACUAGACUCGUUCAAGAAUUCUCAUCCUAUGUACAGAAUAUCUCAGGGAAAAAGAAAAGUCUCGAGGCUUAUUUCCACUCAAAGGAGUUCGGUAAGGUAGUCAGUGAGGCAAAAAACUGUUAUGCCAUGAUUCCGAAGGAAGUGUCCACUGAUGAAGCAUUCAAAUGUUUGAUGUUCUUAGAUGGUUGCUUUGUGGUGUAUUUCAUUCAUUGCGUUGUAAACAAGAGUAAGGAUGCGCAGAUGAUGAAGAAUCACCACAAAGCAAUCAUAACAAUGGACUUGUUCUUGCUUGAGAAUCAACUCCCAUAUACAGUUCUUCAAGCAUUAGUAAAUGAGUUCAUGCCUCCCGAAAAAAAUUAUGAUAUCGAUAAGUUCAUCAAAAAGCAAACUGUAGCCAGAGGCAGUAAAGGAAGGGAAACAAAUUUGUAUCGACUGCUUCAAACAUAUUUUGAAAGGGUUAUACAUUGUCGGUGUUGCAAUAAAACGGACAACACACUCAAAUCAGAAGGCUCUUCUUCUUCGAGAAAGACCGAACCCCUUCAUCUUCUCGACUAUGUCCGGACAGAAUUUCUUAUCACUGCAUGAUCACCAUCUAGUGAUCAGUCUGAACGUGAUUCUGGAGAUAAAAUGGAAUAGCGGUCCUUCCGUCCAGUCGAAGAGCUCAAAGCUGCAGGGAUCCAUUGCAAGACCAGUGGGUCAUCCUCUGUGAAGGAAAUCAAAUUCAAACCAUACAAACUUAUGUAUGGAUCGCUUUCUCUUCCAGCCAUUGUCAUUGAUGACUCCUUCAAGACUAAGUGGUUAAACAUGUUAGCAUACGAAGCAUGCACUGAUUUCAUAAAUGAUGGUGGCAUCACUUCCUUCAUAUGUUUCAUGGAUUCGCUCAUCGAUCGUCCUGAAGAUGUGAUUCAUGUGAAAGAGCUCCGAGAGAAAGGUAUACUCCAAAAGUCACUUGGGAGUGACGAACAUGUAGGUCAUCUUUUCAAUGAGUUGGCCACCGACUUGACACCAAACCCUUAUGAGUAUCGACAAGUUAAACGUGACAUUGAGAAGCAUUUCAACAGGACGUGGGCCGUUUGGUUUGCUGAGGGUCUCCACACACAUUUGAUGAGUAUCGACAAGUUAAAACCCUGGACUGUGCCUGCCUUCGUAGCUACACUAUUAAUCCUCUUUCUCACUGUUGUUCAGACCUACUUUGCAGCCUUCCCUAAGGGUAAAAAAUAACAACACUUAGCCACCACCACUACAUGCCCUGCAACUCUGUGGUGGAUUCCAUCUGUGUGGAUCAGUCUCAUACGAGAAUGAUUCUCGCACGAAAACUUGGUCCGCUCUACUUGAUCACCACAUACCCUAGACCACACUACCACCUUCAUAUAUAUAUAUAUAUAUAUAUGUAUACAAAUCUCCUCUUUUAUACUUGGUGCCUAUGUACAUUUUCCUAUGAUA